AUGGCUCACAAAUGUGGAUUACCUUAUACGAUCCCGCGAUCGCAUACCAUCCACCACCCAACCGACUUACCCCGUCGAUCGGUGGAUCAUUUGCCGCCAGGCCAGUCCAACUUCAUCAAGGAACCUCUUACCCUAUCCGAAUUUCCUACAUCACAACAAACGUCGCAAAACGGUUCUCCGAACAGCGCGCAUGUUUCGGGCGCCGAAGAAGAUUUCCACCCUGCUCCUUUCGAUCACUCGUAUCUCGACAAUUUUGUCACGCCAGCACCUCCCGCUCCAUCAUUAGACCGAUCCCAUGACAUGCUGUCAAACCCGAUUUCUGCCCCUGCAACCAUGGAAAAAUUCCCUCUGGAACGGAUUGUCCCCAAUGUUCCUCCGCUUGACGUCUCCUCUUUCGCCUCCUUCCCGACCACGAGCACUAAUUCUCCGAUCACCUGCGUAGCAUUCCAAGAACCUUUCCAAGAAUGUUAUUUCUCCUCUUCAGACUCCGACAUGCCCCUGGGGUCUGCUGGCAUCGGUGCUCCCUCAGUUGACUGGUCAAGUUUUCCUCUAUACUCCGACGUCCCCACAGCGACUAGCACGCAAGCCCCUUCAUAUGCUAGCUUUGAUUUCACCGGAUAUCCCUCAGGUCUUCCAGCGCCUUCGUCAUCCGGAGAAAUCUCCGAGGCUGACGAGUUUGGACCUCUUCCAGGGUUGGGUCAUUCCAACAAUGACAUGCAUGAUCUGCACAGCGUGAGCGAGACAUCGGACAUGGACCAUCUCCGCGUCAGCUCUGCAUCCUCAUUGGUCGGUCUCCCUCAGAUGCGUCUUCUGUCAUCCAAUGACCUAGACUCGAUCAACAUCGAUGACUUCCUCAAAUCGACCAAUGAGUCCACCGCUGCGCUCGAGCACCGGCUGCAAGCCGGGAUGAGCAUAGAGCCCAAAUCGAUCCCUGCGCAGGAUAUCUACACCAUGUCGCAGAUUCCAGUGUACAAACCCAUGACGUCUGUCCCGAUCACCAGCGCUCCCUCGCCACCGACUGACUCCCUUCCUACCUGGCCUGGCAGUUUGUUUGAUGCUGAUUCCACCCCGCCCAUGGACGACAACUUCUUCCAACCAUCCUGGGCCUAG